AUGCCUCGACGCGCAGAUGUUAUGCUCUCGUCGGAGCAUGCAGAGACACAGCAAGAUGGUGUUCUAGAGGGAAUUGAUCAUUACCAGCUCCCUCAGUCGACUGUCACAAAGAUCGCCAAAUCUGCGAAGGAUAGCGUACUCGCCCUCGUCAAGGGGUCUACUGUAUUCAUAAACUAUAUUGCUGCGGCAGCACAAGAGGUCGCAUUUGCUCAUGGACGUAAAACCAUCAUGUCUUCAGAUGUGCUUCAGGCUCUGGAGCUGACCGAGUUCGGCGAUAUGGUCCCUUCACUGAACAAGGAGCUAGAAGAGUAUCGUGCUCGCUUGAAGAAGAAUCCACCACCCCCAAAAAAGGAUAGCGAUGCAGCCGCCACUGCUGCUCCAGCCACAAAAGGGAAAGGACGUGUAUCGAAUGGGAAAGCAGCACCUACGGUUCCGGCAAAUGGAGUCGAAAACAACGACCCCGAGGAGGAGCCAUUCUCAGAACCUGAUAUUCCUGAUGGACCAGAGGAAGACGAGGAUCUCGACGAGGGUGAGGAGGCUGAACAAGAAGAUGCAAAAGAUACAGCCAUUGUAGACCAAAUGGAGGUAGAUGACCAGGAGCUCGCGGUAGAUGCUCGAGGAAUUGAAGCAAAACCGUCACAGGAGAGCGAAGGGGAAAAGUAA